ACAGUACAAUAAGACAGAAUACAUGGCAACCGAGCACUGAUCUAACCAUAACCAAUGUGUCCUCUGUACAGACAUUAGCUGGCCCAAUGUCAACAUGUUUCUCCCCAGGCUCUGACUGUGUCACAGCACUGUUGGAGAUUGGACUGACAGGGCCUUAAUCCCAUAGAGCUCCUCAGUUCCCCCUGCCAGACCCCAGCACUGUUCUUGGCCCGUGCCCAACGGUCACACGAAUGCAUGCAAGGUCUGAGAUAAAGACAAACUCCAUAAGCCACACAGACAGUACUACAGCAGAGAAGACUAAGACUGAAUAAACCACAGUGUAGCCAACAGCAAAUGAUGUUAAAUCACAAAACACUCUUCACCGGAGUGAACUAGAAUGACAGCUGGCAGAGAAAAAACAGAAAAGCUAUGCCACCCAAAGUGACACAUUGCAGUUUAACACAGUGGACAGUGCCAGGCCUCACAGGCUCUUGCUGAAGUCAGAGAUGUUGAGCCAGGAUGACCCCAAAUCACGCCCAAUGCUGGAACUCCGAGAGAAGCUCCAGCCAGAGGUGAUCGAGCUGAUUAAACAGCAGAGGCUGAACCGUCUGUGUGAGGGCACAUGCUUUAGGAAGAUCAGCGCUCGUCGCAGACAAGACAAGUUCUGGUAUUGCCGUCUAUCACCAAACCACAAAGUGUUACACUAUGGGGAUAUAGAGGAGUUCUCACAAGGACAAAUAUCAGAUGACUCUCUCCAGGAGAAAGUGACAGUAGCAGAUAUCAAAGCAGUGGUCAGGGGUAAAGACUGUCCACACAUGAGGGAGAAAGGAGCACUUAAGAAUAAGGAGCUACUGGAGCUGGCUUUUUCCAUUCUUCAUAACUCUGAUGAAUAUCUGAACUUCAUUGCUCCAGACAAGCAUGGAUACUCCAUUUGGACCGAUGGCUUGAAUGCUCUUUUGGGAAAAGAGAUGACUAGUGAGCUCACAAAAUCAGAUAUGGACACUCUGGUUACUAUGGAGCUGAAACUUCGCCUUUUGGACCUCGAAAACAUUCAGAUUCCUGACGUCCCUCCUCCUGUUCCCAAAGAGCCCAGCACUUACGACUUUGUUUACGACUUUAGUCAGCAGCACACUUGAGACUGGAAUAAAGCCCUUACUCAUGCUGAUAAUCAGCUGUAAGUAA